CUCCCAGCAUGCAUUGGAAAUCCAACAUGGCGGCGCCCAGCAAAGAAGAAAUCCGUCUCGAAGGAAGUUUACCACCUCCAGACCAAGUGUUCAAGUCUUCUGAGGACCACUCGCUGUGCAAGCUUUGUCUGAAGCAGUACUCCAGGUAUACCUGCCCCAGAUGUAACAUAGCUUACUGUUCCUUGUCCUGUUACAGAUCAGAGAAACAUGAAGGGUGUUCAGAGCAGUUCUACAAAGAACACAUCAUUGAGGAGCUGAAGCAGCAAAGAGGAAGCCAUGAGGAGAAACAGAAGGUUCUGGAGAUGCUGAAGAGACUGGAGGACCAGGAGGAGGAGGAGGAGGAGGAGGAGGAGGAAGAUGAGCAGACACUGGAAGACAGACUGCAUGGGCUGGACCUGGACAGGGACACAGAGGCCAUCUGGGAUCAGCUGACAGACCAAGAGAGAGCCGAGUUCCAGUCAGUGGUGGAGAAAGGCAUGCUGGGAGAAAUGCUGGAGAUGUGGACUCCCUGGUGGAGCCUAUCACAGGAACAGGCCUCUCUGAUUGAGGAAGUUGGGACCCAGCAGGACUCAGUAACAAAGGAGACAGAAAUCAGAACAAACACAAACUCCCCUCCUGCCUUGAUGGCAAAGAUUCCCAAGUUGUCUUCCUUACUUAAGGGUCAGCCAUCUGAGUCUAUAAAAUACAACAUUGUGAAUAUUCUCCACUGUUAUGCUUAUGUGGUCAGGCUGCAUAAUGGAGACCAUUUCACUGUGCCAAGGCAAGCAGCACAGGAAUUGUUGCAGCUCUGCCCUGUCUUUACAGAGAACUCCUGUUAUGGUUGUGUAGGAGAGGCUUUACACGCAGCCAUGUCAAAUCAGUUAUCUGCUAUCAUUCAAGAAAGCAAACGUGCUUUAGGUUGGCUAAUUUCCAUUUUGGACCAAUAUUUCUUACAGGAUCCCUCAUUGGCCAACACUGUGUCCUUCCAGUCACUUGUUGUAAAAGAUGUGUCCUGCAUUCUGAUUGGUCCCAGUAAAGAAGACAGCUUGCGGUUUGUGCAAGCUGCACUGUCAGAUCUUCAUCAGCUCUUCUCUGUGGCCAGGAAAAAAGUGGAGAAAGAUGCUAGCAGUACAGACCAGACAGAAGAAGGUCCCAUAAGUCCAGAGCUGAGACAGAAGUUGUUCCUGUGUAAGAAGAAGUGUGAGUUUCUCCUGGCCUGGUGUGGAGAACAUGGGACCCAGCUCACACCUCUAGCCAUGGACUGUAGUCAGGAAUAUGCCUCCCUAAGAAGAGAGUUCUCCCAACAUGAGAAGACAAAGUCGGAGUUGGAGAAGGUCUGGGGAGGAUCCAAACCACCAAAAAAGGAGGAAAAAACACUAAUCCAAGAACUCUCCUGACACAAAGGGACUUGAACACAAUAUAACAAUUCAGUCUUUUUGGAAAUACAUGUAGGGACACUGCACAAUUAAUAAAAAAGAAAUUGUCUAAAGUACCCAAAUAUCGUUAUUUAUAAUUUCGUGUGGCAGAAGCGUCCUCGACCUGGGCCGAAACAUCCUGAUUUGCUGGGGGCUGAACUGUUCAUGGGCUGAAGUGUCCAUCAUUCUUUCAGAAAAACGUGGCGGAGGUAGCCUAAAAAAAAACACGUAGGGACAAAAAAACAUACGGCGGGUUGUGACCCUCACUUAUGUGUUGGGAGCUCCUAAGUAACUUUCAAUGUAUCUUUUC